AUGGACGGACAGACUCAGAGGAUUCAGCUGGUGUCAGCUGAUGGUGGCAUGAUGGGACACCGAAUCCAGGUAAUGUAACAGACCGGUCAUUUCCUGACAUGAUACAUGGCUGUGACAUUCACGUCUCAGGUUAUCUCUUACCCCGAAACUAUAGGUCAAGGCUAUUAUUAGUCAACAUCUGCAUGACUAGUAGCUUCAUAUGACUUCAAGGUUAGAAAAUAGCAGAACAUAGCAUCAGGGUUAGAUUCCAGUGGAAAGGUACGGGACAGGACACUAUUAACAUGUUCAUCUUCAGCAUUUGAUUAUACCAAAUAGAGCAUAUUGGCUUCAGACAGUAUCCUAACCCAAUAUCAUUUGGCUGUAGUAUUUAUGUUAUUCUCAUUUGACUUGAUUCUUCUCCUUUCCUUCCAGAUUGUGACAGACCAGUCCACGGGCCAGAAGAUCCAGAUCGUCACUGCAUUGGAGCAGGGUUCUGGUGGCAAGCAGCAGUUUAUCCUGGCUAACGCAGACUACUCUACGCCAGGCAAGGUAAUCCUAGCCAAACAAGAGGCCUCGUCCCCGGGCAAGGUGAUCCUGGCGGCCCCAGACGGUUCAGGGGUCAACCAGCUGCUGUUUGCCUCCCCUGACCUGGCCGGCCAGCAGAUCCAGGUAGAGGCCGCGGCCAGCACCACCAAUAUUCUAGUCUCUUACUACCAUCUACUCAGAAUAUUGCUAUCCGCAAUAUUCUGGUUCCCCAAGCACAGAUUAAAGCUACGAUCUGGGAAUAGUUUUUCAGCAAAACAGCCGCCCUGCCAUUUGUUUUUGUAUACAGCUGAGGGAUGGGGUUAGGGAAAUGUAACCCCUCUCAAAUUCAUAUUAGACAGUGCUCUAUAUGCAAGGAUUGACAGUCCAUUUAGUCCAGUACUAUGCUUAAUCUGUGAGGGAAACAGGCCCCUAAAAGUACCUUUGACACUUGAUAUGAAUGCCUCUUUUGCUUUUUGUGUGCGUUGUAUUUCCAGUUUGUGACGGAAGGGUCAGACCAGGCCCUUUCCAAGCCCGUGGUGGAGUACUGUGUGGUGUGUGGAGACAAGGCCUCAGGUAGGAAUGACAUGCACUUGAACUUGUGUACACACACCCUCUCUUCUUAUUGUGUGACUGACUCCCCCCCCCUUCUCCUUGCCCAGGACGUCACUACGGGGCGGUGAGCUGUGAGGGCUGUAAGGGUUUCUUCAAGCGCAGCAUCAGGAAGAACCUGGUUUAUACAUGCAGGGGGUCCGGAGAGUGUGUCAUCAACAAGCACCACAGGAACCGCUGCCAGUACUGCAGACUGCAGCGCUGCAUGGUCCUGGGAAUGAAACAGGACUGUGAGUAUCUGCCCCAAUCACUUACUGACGUUCACGUAGGAAUAUAUAAUGUUAAACAAACAUGCUUCUCUAACAUGUUAAUUAAGGAAUGGUGUCAGUUUGUCAACAUCUGCAAUGUUCCACAAUGCCCUGAGUUGCUUACUAGUCAGUAUGUUUGAGGGGAUCAGUUUGAGCAAAGUGGAGGUGCAGUAUCGCUAAUAUUGAUCACAUAAUGGCUGUUUACACAGCCACUCUAAGAACGCAAAUCUGAUUUAAUUUCUAUAUCCAAUAUUUAUUUCUGCCCACACUCACUGAUGUAGCCUCUGAAGUAGCACACAGAUGCAAUGCUAAUUUCCUGUCACUGUGAUUUUUUGGGGGAUGGUUGUCAUGGUAACGGCAUGUCAUGUGCAAAAAAUAAACUUCCGAGCAAAGAAAUCUGAUCUGAGCGUCCAGACAGAGGUUGCAUAUGGAGGAUCGGUUUUGAAUCAGAUCCAGUAAAGCCUGUGUAAACGCAGCCAUAUGGAGGUGGUAUGAAUUGUAAAUCAAAAGAUCAGAUUCCAUGUGUUUUUUUUGUUGCUGUUUACACAUUAGGAAAAUAUUAGAAUGCAAAUUAAUUGGCGAAAGAUCUGAAUUUAGCUGCCUGUGUAAACACAGCCAUAAUGAGGAGUUAUUUGGGAUGGAAGGUGAUUUGUAAAUCACUGGUUCUGUGUAGUCCAACUGCAAUGUAGUCGAUCACAAAAUGCACAUAAGGUGGAUUAGAGUUUCAACUGUUCUCUUCCUCUCUCUCAGCCGUUCAGUGUGAGAGGAAGCCGGUGGAGGUAUCCAGAGAGAAGUCUAUCAACUGUGCUGCGUCUACAGAGAAGAUCUACAUCAGGAAGAACCUGUGUAGUCCUCUGGCUGCCACGCCCACCUUCGUCACCGACAAGGAAACCGCCAGGUACUACAAGGAAACCGCCAGGUACUACAAGGAAACCGCCAGGUACUGCAGCUGGCUUAAGGGCCCCAUGACAUAGACCAACGCAGCAUAAAAUGAUGAAACCAACUCUAUGUAAUUCAUUGGGGAAGUUGGGUUGGAGUGGCGGAAUAUAGGUGCAUGAGGUCACAUCAAACACAGCAUCAAAAGGCACGGAGCGCAUACUCCACCGUAAGCUCUGUGUGGGAUGCGUUGCCAGUGUGUGUGAGCCCUAAUUAAUUAAUUGAUGUUACUGAUUGGCUGGAGAGUGGACACACCUGGGUUCCCAGGUAGAAAUCAGUCCGUAGAGUCCACUCGGAGAGGAAGAGGUGAAGCGAGAGGGAUAACUGGGUCCAAGAUCGGUCUUCUCCAGCAGGUGACGGUUUCAUUUUUCUCCGCUCACCAAGCAAGGAGUUUUUGUAUGGAGGUCAAAAAGAAGGUCGAAUUUGGUUAACAAGAAAUGUAAUUGCUUAUUUGCUACGUGUGGCUUUUUAUUUGAUCAAAUAGAAGUUCCGUAAUGCUUAGGUUGUACUGAUAUAAGUAGGACACGUGACAACCCGGCAACGUUUUUUUAUUUUUAUAUCGGAGUUGUUCCUGUUUACGCGUAUCUGCCCUCUCAUUGGCUAGAAUGGUCCCACCUGAUCUUGCUUCCUCCCGACUACCCUCCAUUUUUUAAAUACAUUUUAUUUCAUUGUUAAAGUGGCCACUUGAGAAUCUGGUCAAUAUAAUGGAUAAUCUGUGGUCCACUGGAUUUAUGCACCUCUGCCCUUGUGGAAUGAGAAGACUAACCACUGCUUCAGCAGUCUCAAUCAUUCAUAAUUGGACUCUCCUCCCCUUCAUCUGCACUGAUUGGACAAGAUUUGAUAGGUGAAAACAAUAUGGUGGAAGCUCAACAUUGGCUGUGUUUAGACAGGUAGCCCAGUUCUGAUCUUUCUUUCACUAAUUAGUAUUCUGACCAAUCAGAUCAGCUCUGAAAAAGAUCUGAUGUGAACAGAUCUGAUGUGAUUGGUCAAAAGACCAAUUAGUGGAAAAAAAUAUGCCUGUCUAAGCGCAGCCAAAAUAGGCUAGCUUUCAACCUUUUUUCCAGAUUAGUGCAGAUGAAGAGGAUGGUGAGGGUAAACCUUCGAGAUCUCUGUGGGAUUAGAUGGUAGAAUUGAAGUGUUGUUUGUGUUUGCAGGUCAACUAGUUUGCUGGAGUCGAGCAUGCUCCUCAACAUCCAGCAGCCAUUCCCCAAGCUGGAGAACACCAUCCUGGUCCCCACAUCCCCUGAAUCGGUUAGUAACUACAGCACGGGGGGGCAUAAUACAUAAUUUCAUAGUUAGCUCGCAUCCACCCAUGGGGUACCACUCAAAAAUAAUAGUAAAAAAAAAAAAAAAAGUACACAUACAAAGCAUUGAUCACCAUGAUCAUACCACAGAGCCAAAAAGUUACAAAUGUAGUAUGUAAAAAAAAAUGUGUCCAUCCAACCGCCCACCUCCUGUAAUUUAUUUUCAAUAAAUUAGCAAAAAUGUCUAAAAACAUGUUUUCAUUUUGUUAUUGUGUGUGUAGAUGGGUGAGAGAAGAAAAUAUAUGUAACACAUUUUGAAUUCAGGCUGGAACACAACAAAAUGUGGAAUAAGUCAAGGGGUAUGAAUACUUUCUUGAGGCACAGUAUAAGUGAAGACCAUCUCUCCCAGGGCAAUAGGAGACACCGUAUUUCUAUCUGUUUCUUAUCUAAGGAAGGAAAUAUAUCUAUUCACAAAUGUUUACAAUGGGAAAGGAUUGGGACUCCAUUAGUAGUUUCCAUUUUUUCCAUUAUUAAUAAUGGUGCUGAUUGUCCCUUGUACCCCUCCAUAGAAUGACCCGUGUCAGGGCGACCUGAGCACGUUGGCCAACGUGGUAACAUCACUGGCUCACAUGAACAAGGCCCGGGAGAUGAACGACAUUACCGACGGCAAUGACCUAAUGGGUGUGGACGACCCCCUUAGCAACGGAGACAGCUCAAUGACGGAUCUCCAAGGAGAUGAACAGACCGCCAGUGACAUUACGCGGUGA